UUAAUUAUGUAUGUAUGUAUUUAUAAAUUUGUGAAGAUCGAUUGGACAACUUUCUAUCAUUUUUAAGUAUUUGUUGAAGACCUGUAUAAAAGUUUUAUUACAAAGCUAGCUAAAAAAAAGUGUUUUUACAAUGAGUUCUGAACAGACGGAAAAUUCUUUAGAUGAGUCUAGUGUUACAAUGGUUGAUGUCUUGCAAGAGGAGCACGAUUUAGAAGAGGAAUACAAUGCUGUUUUAGGCGCUUCUGAUGAGAAAUGUUGCACAUAUUCUCAGGGAGCUAUUAAGCGGCAGGCUCUUUACUCUUGUUUAACUUGCUGUCCUGAAGGUCGUACUGACUUGAAUAAAUGCGCUGGAAUUUGUUUAGCAUGUUCUUAUCGUUGCCACGAAAAUCACGAACUUGUCGAAUUGUAUACAAAACGUAAUUUUCGUUGCGAUUGCCCCACGGAAAAAAUGUCUACCCAACAAUGCUGUUUACUUAAUGUUGGAUUGCCAAUACCACAAAAGUGUAAUUCCGAGAACUUAUAUAACCAAAACUUUCAAGGAUUAUAUUGUAAAUGUCAUAGGCCAUACCCAGACCCUGAGCGAACCACAGAGGAAGUGAUGUUGCAGUGCACAGUUUGCGAAGAUUGGUUUCAUUUGAUUCAUUUAGAUAUGUCUGAAUCCACAAAAAAAAUAGCUAGCGCUGAUAUAUGUGCAGAAAUGGUUUGUGAAAAAUGUAUGAAGAAACACAUCUUUCUGCAAGAUUAUACUGGGCUGGCACUUGAUGCCAUUGAUAAUUCGGACGAACCAUUGUAUAAGGUAUCAUCAGAAAAUAAUUCGUUUUGUGAAGAUCACGACAACAAAUUACGUUCAGAUUUAGACAAGAGCAUUUCGGAUAUAAUGCAUAUGAAUGCGGUCGAAACGGUGUCAUCAGAAAACAUUGUGGAAUCGCAAGUUAGCUCUACUAUUGAUGCUGAUGUGAAUACAGAUACUGAUGGUCCAGAUGUUAAGCGACGGAAGAUCGAAAAUGAUUCCCCUUUGAAAACAGCUAAUGAAGAUAGUUGCCUUCGUCCAAAAGCAAAAACGGGUUACGUAGGAGGAGCUACAUUUUGGAAAUGUGACUGGCGUGAGGCUUUAUGUAAAUGCGUUCAUUGUUUGGAGCUCUACAAAACUGAAAAAGUAGAGUAUUUGUUAGAUCCAGAAGAUUCUGCCAUGUCUUAUGAAGAGCGAGGUAAAAAACGUGGUGCCAUUGAGUCUACGUAUGAACAAGGUAUACGCGCAUUAGCUUCCAUUGGUCGAGUGCAGCAAAUAGACGCUAUAACAGAGUAUAACCGCAUGAAAGAUAAACUAAAGGAAUAUUUACAAACAUUUGCUGCUUCCAAAAAAGUAGUCACCGAAGCGGAUAUCAAUCGUUUUUUCCAAGAAAUGCGGAGUGAAAAAAACGCUGAUCUGGGUCAACCGUAUCUUUGUCGUUAAUCGUGAAUUAAUAUAUCAA